AUGGACUUCUCAAACCUCAAAGAUCAGGUCAGCAACCUGACGUUGUAUGAUCUCAAGGCCGGUGUUCGCAAGGUGCAAAAUGCUGUUAUGAACUAUACCGAAAUGGAGUCGAAGGUCCGGGAAGCUACAAACAAUGAACCCUGGGGUGCUUCAACCACGUUGAUGCAGGAGAUUUCCAAUGGGACACACAGCUACCAAUUGCUCAAUGAGAUCAUGCCUAUGAUUUACAAGCGAUUUACCGAUAAAGCUGCAGAGGAAUGGCGACAAAUUUACAAGAGUCUCCAACUGCUUGAAUUCCUUGUUAAGAACGGAUCGGAGAGAGUGGUUGAUGAUGCCAGAUCUCACAUGUCUUUGCUGCGGAUGCUUCGGCAGUUCCACUACAUUGAUAUGAAUGGCAAGGAUCAGGGUAUCAACGUGCGGAACCGAUCCUCAGAAUUAGUGAAAUUGUUGGGCGAUGUGGAGCAAAUUCGUUCCGAGCGCAAAAAGGCCCGGUCCAACCGCAACAAGUUCAGUGGUUUCGAAGGUGGCAUGAAUGUUGGUGCAUCGUCCAGUGGCACUGGUCGCUAUGGUGGUUUUGGCAGUGACAGCGUGGGAUACGGCGGAUAUAGUGGAGGUGUCUUCGGCGAUGGUGGAGGUUUCGGUGGUGCCUCGAGUGAAUUCCAGGACUCAGGCCGCAGAAACAACAACCAAUUUGAUGAAUAUGAUGAGUAUGACGAGGCGGAUGUCAGCCCUCCACGACGAGAAACCGCUGCUGCUACUACCACCAAGCGGGCACCACCGAAGAAGGCAGAACUGGCACCUGCGCCUGUCGCAGAUCUCUUCGAUUUUGGUGACGAUGAGCCUGUGACGACCUCAACCGCCGCCGGCAAGCAGCCCGCUGGCAGUGCCUUGAACAUGCUGGACUCAACCGGCGACGAUGACGAUUUCGAUGACUUCCAGUCUGCAACCCCAGCGCCGGCCGCUUCAAACCAAUUCUCUAUCGCUGCCCCCGCCUCGACUGCGAGCACAACCGCCAGCACUCAAUUUGCUGCACCGCAGCCCGUUUCAGCCUCCCAGGGUGCCAACAUAAACGGCCUAGUGGGCUUCACCUCGGCGACUCCUACCCCAACCUCGAGCUCGUUUGCCUCCCCCGUCUCUCAGACUGCCUCUAUUCAGCAGCAACAGCUCCCUAAGCCCUCAGGCUUCCAGGCGGCCACCCCCAACUACUUUACCUCAGUCAAUACUAACCAGCCCUCUCAACAAUUACCCUCCCACGGCGCUACUUCUUCCAUCUCCUCCAACAAGGCUCCCACCAUGGCAAGCAAGCCCGCAGCUAAGGCUUCCGGGGAUGCUUUCAGCUCACUCUGGUCCACCGCCAGUGCCAGCGCCGGCAUCAACAAGUCCAACGCCAACGCAAACAAGGGCCCCAACCUUGCCAGCAUGGCUAAAGAAAAGGCUAGCGCUGGUAUCUGGGGUGCUAAUGCUCCUUCCAGCGCGGCCUCAACAUACUCUGCCCCAUCUCAGCCAAAGCAGUCUACUGGCUCGGCUCUCGAUGACCUCCUCGGUUAA